AUGCCACGAUUUCGUAUUUCGGUUGAUAGUAGAAACCAUGACGAAACAAGACACUACCUAGGAAAUGGACAGUUCUGUCCUCCCCAUCUUAGCAACCUCCAUCAUCACAACAAGAACCUCCAGGAUGAACAUACGUUCAUGAAUGUAUCACUUAACCUGCUCGCUAGAAUCGACGAGGAAUUUGGGGCAGAGUUGAAGGCCAUUUGGGCCGCAAACAAGGUGACAAACCAGGGACCCUUUCAAGCACCAAUGACUCCGUGCAAUGCUAGGAAUCAGGCUCGUAUUAGCUGGUUUCUCAAUGCACGUCAAGGGGGACAACGAAACUUUUUUCCGGAGAACGAAUCGAGGCCAACUCGAAACGCGAAGAUGCUGCAACCAAAGAUUCGAAACAUUGACUGGCAUCUUGCUACAACCGUUCAACAGGUUGUCUCGCUAAGCCUCGAUGGAACUCAUUCGUCGGAUAUCCGGGGAGGCAUCGCUACCGGUACUUACCAGCCGCCAACUCCUGUGCACUGCCAGAGAACUGAUUAG